CUUCUUGCAUGUAGGAGUGUGUGGCUUAAACAUUCUUAGUUCUGUCCCCUGGGCAUCUCGGCAUCACUGUUGGAGGAGCCAUCAUGUUUUGGCGGGUCUGCACCCUGCACCUGUCCUGUCUCCUUACCAUUACCAUGUGUCUCAGCAACUCUGCUGCUGGGGUGUGGCAUGAUGUUGGGAGGCGUGGCUUCUCAGUGGUUUGGAACAUGCCUACUUCAAGAUGUGAGCAUCGCUAUGGUGUUUUACUACCCCUGCAGAAGUAUGGAAUCAUAUACAAUGUGCAGCAGCGAUUUCUAGGUGAGAAUAUAAGUCUGUUUUAUGAGCGCCGUCUUGGUUUGUACCCCUACGUUAAACACCAGGACUUGAUCAAUGGUGGGAUACCUCAAGGGGGCAGUCUGGAGGGUCACCUCGCAUUGGCUGAAAAUCAGCUCCGUGUACGUUUAAGGAAGAACUUCAAAGGCUUGGCUGUGCUGGACUGGGAGGCAUGGCAACCUCUGUGGAGACAGAACUAUGGAAGACGCAAGGUCUAUAAGAAGCUAUCGAAACAGUUUGUGAGAGAGAGAUUUCCAGAAAUGUCUGAGGAGGAUGUGACAUCACUGGCAAAGCUGGAGUUUGAGCAAGAAGCAAGAGCAUUUAUGGAAGAAACACUGCAACUUGGAGUUCAUGUUUGCCCCAGGGGGUUAUGGGGGUUUUAUGGGUUCCCUGGUUGUUAUAACUACCAUGGAGCCAAGCACAGUGGGUACACAGGGCAGUGCAAACCCAGCACAGAGAUGAUGAAUGACAGACUAGCAUUUUUAUGGCAACAUUCCACUGCACUUUACCCAAGUGUGUAUGUGAGUCGCAGGUUAGCAGGACACCCAAACACAAGGCUCAUGAUGAGACAUCGCAUACUAGAGGCACUCCGAGUGGCUUUCCAGCAUGCAACUCGUUCUCACCCAAUCCCUGUUCUACCUUACGCUAGAGUGGCCUUCAUACAUACUCUGCAGUUCCUAAACCAGACAGAUCUGGAGCACACACUGGGAGAAGCUGCAGCUCUAGGGGCAGCUGGGGUGGUGCUGUGGGGGGAGCUACGUUUUGCCAAGUCCAAGGAGCAGUGUGCUCUCCUCCGUGAUUACAUCAGCUCAGUCCUUGGUGUAUAUGUGGAGGCACUGAAUCGCGGCACAGUGCGCUGCAGUGAGCGUGUGUGUCAUGGUAACGGUCGCUGUGCCAGACGCAACCCUCACUCUGGUCACAUGAUUCCCAUGCUUCAGAACGAAACUGAACCUGCCCAGGACCUACGGUCGCAGUUCAGAUGCAUGUGUUACGAAGGGUGGAGAGGUGCACAGUGCGAGAACACUACCAAACGUGUGUGAAGCAAGAAAGCAACAGAAUGUUGGGUACCAAGAUGCAUUCUGUCUGCUGUUAAUUUUAACAUGACAAAGAAGUAUC